GGCGGCGGCACCACACCUUCUUCCCUCUCGUUAGGUAUCCCUCCCCAUAUCCCCCCAUCAAGAUCAUUCAAAAUGCCCUUCGUUAAGCAGACGAAGAACUCGGCGUACUACUCGCGAUACCAGACCAAGUACAGGAGGAGGAGGUCCGGUCACACCGACUACCAGCAGCGACGUGCUCUGGUCUCUCAGGCCAAGAACAAGUACGGUUCUCCCAAGUACCGUCUGGUGGUCCGAUUCUCCAACAAGUACGUUACUUGCCAGAUCAUCUCCUCGAAGAUCAUCGGUGACUUUGUCCUCACCCAGGCCUCUUCCAAGGAGCUGCCCCGAUACGGUAUCAAGCACGGUCUCUCCAACUGGACUGCCGCUUACGCUACCGGUCUCCUCGUCGCCCGACGAGCCCUCACCAUCCUCGGCCUGGCUGACAAGUACGAGGGUGUGACUGAGCCCGAUGGAACCAUGACCGAGGUUGAGCCUCUGGAGGGUGAGGACGAGCCCCGCCCCUUCAAGGCCUUCCUCGACGUUGGUCUCAAGAGGACCUCGACUGGUUCCCGUGUCUUCGGUGCCCUCAAGGGUGCCUCGGACGGUGGAAUCUUCAUCCCCCACUCCCCCAAGCGAUUCCCCGGUUACGACCCAGAGGCCAAGGAGCUCGACGAGGAGACCCUGAGGAACUACAUUUUCGGUGGCCACGUCGCCGAGUUCAUGGAGUCCCUCGAGGAGGAGGACGACGAGCGAUUCAAGAAGCACUUUGCCUCUUACCUCGCCGACGACCUGGGUUCUGAGGACAUCGAGGAGAUGUACGAGAGCGCCUACGCUGCCAUCCGUGAGGACCCCGAGUUCAAGGCCACCGACAAGAGUGGAAAGGACUGGGCUUCGGAGACCAAGAAGCACAAGGCCACCAAGCUCACCUACGAGCAGAGGAAGUCGAAGAUCGCAGACAGGAUCAAGGCUUACGAGGCUGGUCAGAAGAUCUAAGCGUGUGCUGCUCUGUGUCACUCUUGCACUCCAUCUCCCCCUCUCCCUACCUUGUACACUGUUCCCCACACCUUGACAUUUCAUCGUCUUUCUUUGCGGCCCUCGCUGCUGCACCUGCACAUCUCGC